GCCAAUCACUCCCAUGGCGGGCGAAAUUUAUUUCAAUCUGGAAGAGGGUUCCUUGAUACUUUGGACAAUUGUUUUGUUCUUAAGUGGUUAAUGAGCUGUGGCUCAUUCUCCGUGAUCAAGUGGCAACAAAAUAAGGUCAAACCAUGUACCAAUUUAAGGCAAUGGGAUCUAUGAAAGAAUUUCUCUCUCAAGUCAGACUUCUGGGACUUUCCAAGAAUUGCUGUUUAUCUUUACCUUUCAUACAAGCCAGGGGUUUAACCAAAAGUGUCUUUGUUUCACCUGUCAAACCGCAACAAAACUGGAUAAGGCUUAGAGGGACAAACCUUGGGUUAUUAUCAGUCCAAUGUGCUCUCAAGUCUGUUUCUGUGAAGGCCCUGGCUAAGGAUAUUUCAGCCGUCAAGUCCACCAGUGAAUAUCUUUACUUGUACGACAGAUUCAAGGACUCACCUGCCAUGACUCAAAUGAAUCGCAUAACAAUUCUGCAUCAUUUGGCCAAGGUGGCUGCAAGUGGACCAAAGAAGAACUUCUUCUCUUUGAGAAAAGUUAUAAAUGAAGAAAAGGAAAUUUUUAUCAUCCUGUUGAACAAUAUUGGAAAUGAUCUGGAGACAUGCAAGGCUCGUGAUAUUGCGACUAUUGUAUGGUCGUUAGGGAAAUUAAGGGAGCACGAUGCUUGGUUUGUUACCGAAUGUGAGAAUGAAAUACUUCGGCGAGAUCAGACCUCUUUUCGGGCACCAGCAGUGUGCAAGAUUCUUAUUGGUUUUGCUUCACUUGACUUGAAAAGAUCCAAGUUUUUCAGAAUUGUUGAACAAAGAAUUCUGGAUGGGCAGCUUAAGAUGGGCAAGUUUGAAAAUCGUGGACUGGCCGGUGUUUUGUGGUCUUUCACCAAAACUGGAAAUGAAAGUAAAGAACUACUGGAAAAAUUCCAAGAAGAGAUUUUGAUCAGAGAUAUGAGAGAAUUUAGCAGUGACCAGCUUGCUCAGUUUUUAUGGUCAUUCACCCAGAAAGGAAUUCUACCUUGUGAUAAACUCUUCACAAUCACAGAAAAGGAAAUUUUGAAAAGACCACCAACAGAUCUCAGUAAUCAUUGCAUCAAGAUGCUGCUGUGGUCGUUUGCGAGGGCUGGAUUUGAAGGAAAGGAAGGCAAUAGUCUUUUUGCUAGUUUAAGUCCUGAAAUAAUACGGAGGGGUGUUCAUGAUUUUGAUGCAGAUGAGCUCUCAAUGUUAGCAUGGGCGUUUGCCAAAAGGUGCCCAGAAGCAGCAGGGGUCUUUGAUGUCAUAGAGAAAGAACUCUUUUUUCGAGGUAUAGCUGUGUUUGGAACCCAGGAAUUGUCGCAACUCUUAUGGUCAUUUGCAGUGACCGGUCAUACAAGUUCAGAGCUUUUUAAUGAAAGCCAAGAGGUAUUAAUUUCAAGGGAUUUAAGUCUGCUGAAAGUUAAACAGUUUACUGAUUUAGUCUGGGCACUUGGAAGAUCAACGCUUUUAAGUUCAGAUUUUUUAAUGAAGGCAGUGAGUGACAUGUUAUCAAAUGCAACUGUGUAUUCUGAUGAGGAACUGUGCAUGAUUUUACAUGGAUGUGUUCAGGUAUCAAUGGAUACCCAAGAACCUUUAAAGCAGUUGGAAAGAGAAGUUCUGGAUAGAAACAUACCUCAAAAUAAACCUGAGCUCAUUCCUAAGUUGGCUUCAGGUUUCUCUACAUGCAGCUAUGAAGCAGGAUCGGUAUUUGAUGAAAUAGAGAAAGCACUACUUACCAAUGACCUUUCUAUGUAUACAGAGCAGGAAUUACAGGGUUUAUGUGUGGCAUUUUCCCAAAUGGGGAGAGAAUUGUCCCAAGUAAAGCAAACACUAAAGGAAGGUGGGAAAGCUGAAUGAGCGGAAAACAAUAUGAAACAUUAAA